GCUGUGUGCUGCUGCCAUCCGUGGUGCUGCUGGUGUGUACAGAGGGAAGAUGGCAUUCUGGACACAGCUGGGGUUGCUGCUAUGGAAGAAUUUCACCUGUCGGAGAAGACAGACGUUCCAGCUGCUGAUUGAAAUUGCGUGGCCCCUGUUUAUCUUCUUUAUACUGACAUCUGUGCGGCUGUCUUAUCCACCCUACGAACAACAUGAAUGUCACUUUCCAAAUAAGGCCAUGCCUUCAGCUGGAACUUUGCCCUGGGUCCAGGGGAUUAUCUGUAACGCCAACAAUCCUUGCUUCCGCUAUCCGACACCCGGGGAGUCUCCAGGCAUUGUUGGAAAUUUCAACAAAUCUAUAGUUUCCCGGUUGUUCUCAGAUGCCAAACGAUUGCUGUUGUAUAGCCAGAAAGACACCAGCAUUAAAGAUGCACAGAAACUUGUGGGAAAGCUGCAUAAAGCUGGGAAAUCUGUGUCAGGUAUGAAACUCCGGGAUUUUCUGAUUGCCAACGAGACAUUCUCAGACUUCCUUCAUCGUAAUGCUUCCGUACCAAGAUUUGCGGUGGACGAAAUACUGAAUUCUAAGGUCAAUCUCCAACGGAUCGUUACAUCUGGGUACCAGAUGAGAGUGAAAGACCUUUGCAAUUCAACCAAGCUGUCAGAGUUUCUCAUCAUCCCAAAUCCAGCAAUAGCCAUGGCUAGUGAUGCCUUCAUUUGCUUCAUGCCUAAGGAUAAACUUGCUUCUGCAGAGAAGGUGUUGCAGGAUAAUCUAGAUAUCAUGAAGCCAUUUAUGAAAGGGAUCACCUCCAACUCCACUUUACAGGGUCUGAAAGAAGCUGCAGAGACUUUGUUGGAGAGCUUCGGAAAGCUCCUGAAAGAGCUCGUGAGCAUAAAAAGCUGGAGUGACAUGAGGCAGGAAGUAUUGUUCUUGACCAAUGUGAACCACACUAGUUCUUCUACCGAAAUUUACCAAGCAGUGUCCCGUAUUGUUUGCGGCCAUCCAGAAGGAGGGGGGUUGCAAAUUAAGUCUCUCAAUUGGUUGGAAGACAGCAAUUACAAAGCCAUCUUUAGUGUCAAUAACACAGAUGAAGAGGUAGCUGAUUUCUAUGAUAACUCCACAACACCCUACUGCAAUGACCUCAUGAAGACUCUGGAAUCCAGUCCACUUUCCCGCAUUAUAUGGAGAGCCUUGAAGCCUUUGCUUGUAGGAAAAGUCUUGUACACACCUGACACACCAGCUACAAGGGCGGUGAUGUCUGAGGUAAACAAGACAUUCCAGGAGCUAGGUGUCUUCCGUGAUCUCGGAGGGAUGUGGGAAGAGAUAAGACCGAGGAUACUAACUUUCAUGGAGAAAAGACAGGAAAUGGACGUGGUUCGGACUUUACUAAAGAACAAGGACCUCUGGCGCCACUACUUGGAAGGUUCAAACUGGACGGUUGAGGAUGUUGCUGUGUUCUUGGCAAAAUACCCAGAGGAUGUUCAGACAGUGAAUGGCUCAACCUACUCCUGGAGGGAUGCUUUCAACGAGACAGAUCGUGCUGUUAUGACUAUUUCCCGAUUCAUGGAAUGUGUCAAUUUGGACAAGCUGGAACCUGUGCCAAACGAGGUGCGUCUUAUCAACAAGUCCAUGGAGCUGCUGGACCAGCGGAGAUUUUGGGCAAGCAUCGUCUUCCCUGAAGUUGCUCCUGGCAGCACAAAGUUGCCUCACCACGUCAAAUACAAGAUACGGAUGGACAUAGACAAUGUAGAAAGGACGAACAAAAUUAAGGACGGGUUCUGGGACCCAGGUCCUCGAGCGGACCCUUUUGAAGACAUGCGCUAUGUCUGGGGAGGCUUUGCUUACCUACAGGAUGUUGUGGAGCAGGCAAUCAUCCGAUCUCUAACAGGCUCUGAGAAGAAAACGGGCGUGUAUAUCCAGCAGAUGCCGUACCCCUGUUAUGUGGAUGACAUUUUCCUGCAUGUCAUGAGCCGAUCCAUGCCUCUCUUCAUGGUCCUGGCUUGGAUUUACUCCGUGGCGAUAAUCAUCAAAGGGAUCGUGUACGAGAAGGAAGCCCGACUGAAAGAGACCAUGAGGAUCAUGGGGCUGAACAACGGCAUCCUCUGGCUCAGCUGGUUCAUCAGCAGCCUCAUCCCCCUCCUCUUGAGCGCCGGGCUCCUGGUGCUGAUCCUCAAGAAUGGGAACCUGCUGCCCUACAGUGAUCCCAGCGUGGUGUUCGUCUUCCUGUCAUUCUUCGGCAUGGUGACCAUCUUGCAGUGCUUCCUCAUCAGCACCUUAUUCUCGAGGGCCAACAUGGCGGCAGCAUGCGGAGGAAUCAUCUACUUCACUCUCUACUUGCCCUACGUUCUGUGUGUUGCCUGGCAGGAUUAUGUUGGCUUCUCUCUCAAAAUAUUUGCCAGCCUGCUUUCUCCUGUAGCCUUUGGGUUUGGCUGCGAAUAUCUCUCCCUGUUUGAAGAGCAGGGCAUUGGAGUACAGUGGGAGAACAUCCUUGAAAGCCCCAUAGAAGAUGACAGCUUCAACCUGACCACUUCUUUUUACAUGAUGAUGUUGGAUACUUUUCUGUAUGGGAUUAUGACUUGGUACAUUGAGUCUGUUUUCCCAGGCCAGUAUGGCAUUCCCAGGCCCUGGUACUUUCCCUUCUUGAAGAGCUAUUGGUGCGGUGAGGAAUCUGAGCAGCAGCAGCUCCCUUCUGUCCGCACAGGAUCAUCUGAAAUCUGUGUAGAAGAAGAGCCAAGUCAUCUUAUCCUUGGAGUAUCCAUUCAGAGCCUGGUGAAGGUUUAUCGUGAUGGCAAAAAGCUGGCUGUAGAUGGCCUCACACUGAAUUUCUAUGAGGGACAGAUCACCUCCUUCCUGGGACACAACGGAGCUGGGAAAACAACCACAAUGUCCAUCUUGACGGGAUUAUUUCCACCAACCUCUGGCACGGCUUUUAUCCUGGGCAAAGAUAUCCGCUCUGAACUCAGCAGCAUUCGGCAGAAUCUAGGGGUCUGCCCUCAACACAAUGUCCUGUUUGAUGAGCUGACGGUGGAAGAGCACAUCUGGUUUUAUGCACGCCUGAAGGGGCUAUCGGAAAAGUUGGUGAAAAGGGAGAUGGAGCAGAUGGCUAUAGAUGUUGGCCUGCCUCACAAACUGAAAUCAAAGACAAGUAAACUCUCUGGUGGCAUGCAGAGAAAGCUUUCUGUAGCACUGGCCUUCGUAGGUGGCUCUAAAGUUGUCAUUCUGGAUGAGCCAACGGCGGGCGUCGAUCCUUAUUCUCGCCGAGGGAUCUGGGAGCUACUUUUAAAAUAUCGCCAAGGCCGCACUAUCAUUCUCUCCACGCAUCACAUGGACGAGGCAGAUAUCCUCGGAGACCGGAUCGCCAUCAUAUCUCACGGCAAACUGUGCUGCGUCGGCUCUUCUCUGUUUCUGAAGAACCAGCUUGGAACAGGCUAUUAUCUGACCUUAGUCAAAAAGGAUGUGGAUUCCUCACUAAGCUCCUGCAGAAACAGCAGCAGCACGGUGUCUUUCCUGAAAAAGGAUGACAGUGUCUCCCAGAGUAGCUCUGAUGCUGGACUUGGCAGUGACCAUGAAAGUGACACUCUGACAAUUGAUGUGUCUGCAAUUUCCAAUCUCAUCAUGAAGCAUGUCCCUGAAGCAAGGCUUGUAGAGGAUAUCGGCCACGAGUUAACCUACGUUUUGCCGUACCAAGCUGCCAAGGAGGGCGCUUUUGUGGAGCUGUUUCACGAGAUCGACGACCGCCUCUCUGACCUGGGCAUUUCCAGUUAUGGCAUUUCUGAGACCACUCUGGAGGAGGUAUUUCUCAAAGUGGCAGAGGAUAAUGGUGUGGAUGCAGAGACCUCAGAUGGCACUUUACCUGCUAGAAGAAAUCAACGUCCCUUUGGAGACCGCCAAAGCUGCCUUCGUCCUUUCACAGAAGAUGAUGCUCUUGACUCCAAUGAUUCCGACAUAGAUCCAGAAUCCCGAGAGACGGACCUACUGAGUGGGAUGGACAGCAAAGGAUCCUACCAGAUGAAGGGCUGGAAGCUGAUUCAGCAGCAGUUUGUCACUCUACUGUGGAAGAGGCUGCUGAUUGCCAAGCGCAGUAGGAAGGGCUUCUUUGCCCAGAUUGUUCUCCCAGCUGUCUUUGUUUGCAUCGCGCUCAUGUUCAGUCUGAUUGUGCCCCCUUUUGGUAAAUACCCCAGCGUGGAAUUGCAGCCGUGGAUGUAUGACGAGCAGUACACAUUUAUCAGCAAUGACGCUCCAGAAGACGCUGGCACUCAGCAGCUUUUGAACACUCUCCUCGGUGAACCUGGUUUCGGGACCCGCUGCAUGAAAGGAUACUCUAUUCCAGGUACCCCUUGCUCUGUGGGAGAACAGGACUGGACUGUCAGUCCCGUGCCCGAGACAGUCAUGGAAAUCUUCCAGAAUGGCAACUGGACGAUGGAGAAUCCUUCCCCGUCCUGCAUGUGUAGCAACGACAAGAGCAAAAAGAUGCUUCCUACAUGUCCUCCAGGGGCUGGUGGGCUGCCUCCUCCCCAGAGGAUUCAGAACACCACAGACAUCCUCCAGAACUUAACAGGACGCAACAUUUCUGAUUACCUGGUGAAGACUUAUACGCAGAUCAUUGGGAAAAGUUUGAAGAGCAAGCACUGGGUGAAUGAAUUCAGGUAUGGAGGAUUUUCAUUGGGGGCCAGUAGUUCCCUUGUGCUUCCUCCAAGUCAAGAAAUGAAUGAUGCCAUCAAACAAGUGAAGAAGAUCUUGGAACUGGCCAAGGGGAGUUCUGGAGAACGCUUUCUUAAUAACCUGGGAAGCUUCAUGAAGGGACUGGACACAAACAAAAAUGUAAAGGUGUGGUUCAAUAACAAGGGCUGGCACGCAAUUGGCUCCUUUCUCAAUGUGAUCAACAAUGCGAUUCUCCGGGCUAACCUGCAGGAGGGAGAGGACCCCAGCACCUAUGGUAUCACCGCUUACAACCACCCACUCAACCUCACCAAGCAACAGCUGUCUGAAGUUGCCUUGAUGACCACUUCAGUGGAUGUUUUGGUCUCCAUCUGCGUCAUCUUUGCCAUGUCGUUUGUCCCGGCCAGCUUUGUGGUUUUCUUGAUCCAGGAGCGAGUCAGCAAGGCUAAGCACCUGCAGUUCAUCAGUGGGGUGAAGCCGGUUAUCUACUGGCUGGCCAACUUCGUCUGGGAUAUGUGCAACUAUGUGGUUCCUGCCACUUUGGUCAUUAUCAUCUUCAUCUGCUUCCAACAGAAGGCCUAUGUGUCUUCAACCAAUCUGCCGGUGCUUGCUCUUCUCCUCUUGCUCUAUGGGUGGUCCAUAACUCCUCUCAUGUACCCAGCAUCUUUUGUGUUCAAGAUUCCUAGCACUGCAUAUGUGGUGCUGACCAGUGUGAACCUCUUCAUUGGGAUCAACGGGAGUGUAGCCACUUUUGUCCUUGAGCUUUUCACCAACAAUAAGCUGAACAACAUCAAUGACAUCCUGAAGUCGGUGUUCCUCAUCUUCCCCCACUUCUGUCUGGGCCGUGGGUUGAUUGACAUGGUAAAGAACCAAGCGAUGGCAGAUGCUCUGGAAAGGUUUGGCGAGAACCGCUUUGUUUCUCCCCUUUCCUGGGACCUGGUGGGGCGCAACCUUUUUGCCAUGGCUGUGGAAGGUGUCGUCUUCUUCCUCAUCACCGUGCUGAUCCAGUACAGGUUCUUUAUCAAACCCAGGCCAGUCUAUGCCAAGCUUCCACCUGUGCAUGAGGAAGAUGAGGAUGUGAACAGAGAGAGGCAGAGGAUCAUUGGCGGUGGUGGACAAAGUGAUAUCUUGGAAAUCAAGGAGCUGACUAAGAUGUACAGAAGGAAACAAAAACCAGCUGUGGAUAGGAUCUGUGUUGGGAUUCCACCUGGGGAGUGCUUUGGUCUCCUUGGUGUGAAUGGAGCUGGGAAAUCCUCUACUUUCAAGAUGCUGACUGGAGAUACUGAUGUUACCGGAGGGGACGCUUUUCUGAAGGGAAACAGCAUCUUGUCUAACAUCCAAGGGGUCCAUCAAAAUAUGGGAUACUGCCCUCAGUUCGAUGCCAUUACUGAACUGAUGACAGGGAGAGAACACCUGGAAUUCUUUGCGCUGUUAAGAGGCGUUCCUGAGAAGGAAGUCUGCAAGGUUGGAGAAUGGGCUGUUCGGAAACUGGGCCUCGUGAAGUAUGCAGAAAAAUGUGCUGGCUUGUACAGUGGCGGGAACAAGCGCAAGCUUUCCACGGCAAUAGCCCUCAUUGGGGGGCCCCCUGUGGUGUUCCUGGAUGAGCCUACCACCGGGAUGGAUCCCAAAGCACGGCGUUUCCUUUGGAACUGUGGCUUGAGUAUCAUCAAAGAGGGAAGAUCUGUGGUCCUUACCUCUCACAGCAUGGAAGAGUGUGAGGCCCUGUGCACCCGAAUGGCAAUCAUGGUCAACGGGCGGUUCAGGUGCCUGGGCAGCGUUCAGCACCUGAAGAACAGAUUUGGUGACGGCUACACAAUAGUCGUGCGAAUAGCAGGGGCAAAUCCAGACUUGAAGCCUGUUCAGGACUUCUUUGAGCUUGCCUUUCCUGGCAGCGUGUUGAAGGAGAAGCAUCGGAACAUGCUGCAAUAUCAGCUCCCGUCCUCUCCAUCUUCGCUGGCUAGGAUAUUUAGCAUCCUCUCCCAGAACAAAAAGAGACUCCACAUAGAAGACUACUCCGUUUCCCAGACCACACUUGACCAAGUGUUUGUAAACUUUGCCAAGGACCAAAGUGAUGACGACCACACAAAGGACUUGUCGUUGCACAAAAACCAGACUGUGGUAGAUCUUGCGGUUCUGUCCUUUUUGCAAGACCAGAAAAUGAAAGAAAGCUACGUAUGAACUGCCCUUCUG